UUGUUUUCCUUCGCGUCCUCCUCCUGGCUUCCGGUCCGUUGGCGUUUCCGGCUCGGGCUGCUACGGCGCUGCUGUCAUGUCGCGACGAGCCUUGAGGCGACUGAGGGGGGAGGCGCGGGGGCAGGCGCUGCCGGAGGAGGAGCCGCUCCCGGGGGGGGCCCGAGAGGAGGGGGCCCGAGAGGAGGAGGAGGAAGAGGACGGAGGAGGAGGAAGGCGGCGGCCUCGGCAGAAGCCGGCGCGGAGGGUCGCCACCAACCUCUUUGAGCUGAUAACUAAUGAAGAGCCUGAAGAAGAUCCAAUAUCUAAAGAAGAAAAAGAUGAUUCCAGAUUACCGCAGCAGGGCCACACAGGGAGCAAAGAAGAGGGUGAACCUGGAACUCUGGAGAGUGACAGACAGAGAAACGGAGAGGAGGUGGAGCCAACGGACCAGAUGCCUAUUUCAAAUAACAAACCACGAAAGAAAAAGAAAAAAAAGAAGAACAGGAUGGCCGGAGAGACUCCAUGCCCCACAGACAAAGACGAUGCGGAGGACAUCGAGAGCAUCCUGGUGAGGAUCGAGACCUCCAAUGGCCCGGCAUGCCAAAGUCAAAGCAGAGUUGUCACUGACAGUCGGCCUUUGCUCUACAUAGAGCACAGGAACUUGAAUCCAGAAACGGAGCUGAAGAGAUACUUUGGGACCCGAGCAGUUCUCGGCGACCAGAGGCCGAGGCAGAGGCAGCGCCAGUACAUCCGCAGCACGUGGUUGACCGUGCCCAAGAACACCUGGCCGCGCCAUAGCAAAACAGGUCUCUGCAUGGAGCUGCUCGAGACGAAACGCGGAGUGCAGCACUUUGCCUUUGAGCACCAUCGGGAGUAUCAGCAGGUGCAGUUCAAGUUCCUGGACGCGGUGGAGUCCAUGGAUCCCAACAACAUUGUGCUUUUGCUCCAGAUGAACCCUUACCAUGUGGACUCACUGCUGCAGCUCAGUGACGUGUGCCAGAUGCAGGAGGACCAGGAGAUGGCCAGAGACCUCGUUGAGAGAGCCCUCUACACCCUGGAGUGUGCCUUCCACCCCAUGUUCAGCCUCACCAGCCGGACCUGCAGGCUCGACUACCGGAGGCCAGAGAACAGAGCGUUCUACCUGGCUCUCUUCAAGCACAUGGUUUUCCUGGAGAGGAGAGGCUGUCCUCGCACCGCCUUGGAGUUCUGCAAACUUAUCCUGAGCCUGGAUCCAGAGAACGACCCGCUGUGCACACUGCUGGUCAUCGAUCUGCUGUCGCUCCGAGCGAGAGAAUAUGCCUUCCUGACCCGCAUGUUUCAGGAGUGGGAGAGUCAUCGAAACCUGUCCCAGCUCCCAAACUUUGCCUUCUCGGUCCCCCUGGCCUAUUUCUUCCUGAGCCAGCAGGAGGACCUCCCAGAAGCAGAACUGAACCACGCCCACGAAAGAGCCGCCACCCUCAUUCGGCAGUCGCUGAUCAUGUUCCCAAGCGUCCUGAUGCCUUUGCUGGAUCGCUGUAGCGUGCAGCCGGAUGCCACGGUCGCUUCCCACCCGUUCUUUGGACUGAAUGCCCAGCUGAGUUCUCCUCCUGCCUUGAGCCAGCUGGUCUCCCUCUACCUGGGGAGGACCCACCCCCUCUGGAAGGACCCGGCUGUCAUGGCCUGGCUGGAAACCAACGUGCACGAGGUGCUUCGGAUGGUGGACUCCAGCGACCCGGCCCUGGAAGAGGCGGAGCAGAAGCGGAAGGUGAGGUACCAGAACGCCCCCCGGAACGUCUAUCGCCACGUGAUCCUCUCGGAGAUCAGGGAAGCCACAGCCGCGUUGCCUCCGGAAGUGACCUCCCAGCCGAUCAUGGGGUUCGACCCCCUGCCGCCGCUGGACUCCCUCAUCUCCUACCCGAGGCCAGAAAGGGCGAGUCGGCCAGCCAACGAGAGCACCUUCUCUCUCUUCUUUCGCUCCCUGUUGCCAAAUUUCAACCUGCAGGCGGAAGUCAGAGCCGGUGGAGAGGAAGAGCCUGGCGCAGGGCAGAAUCUGAACCAGGGUGUGAACCGACUGAUGGCAGCCAUGCGGGACAUGCUGGCGAAUAUCCAGUUCCAGGAGCCGCCGCGGGACGACAAUCCCGAGGGGGAUGGAGGAGAGUGGGACUGACCCCUCGCCUCGGCGCCCCUCCCCUCUCCCCCUGUAAUCUCCCUUGCUGCGCAAUAAACAGUCACAAGUCA